AUGUGGCGGGGCGAACAGCGCUCCGCGUCCCCACCCCCAACGCUGACCUCAGAGGCUGAAACGCCGGAGGGUCCGGGCGGCACAGACCCCAGGCCGCCCUGCCCCGGCCCAGGACGCGGGCUCCCCGCACCCCAGUCUCCCUCACCCGGGCAAUGCGAACCCGCAGCGAAGCCGGCCGGCGAGACUGCCCCGCCGAGGCCCAGCAGCGACGACUGCAGAGGCGCGCGGGGCUCCGUGACCGGGGGGGCCGCUCUCGCUGCAGCCGGCUGCUCCUCUCCCGCGGCGCCUGCCGCAUCGGGCCGCCGGAGCCGCGGCCGACGGAAACCAGAGGAAGGCGGCGCGGGCACGAUUCCUUCCCCCCGGAUCCGGCGGGGGAGCAGAGGAGGGCGCGGCGCUGCGCGGAGUGCGAAGCGGCGGGAGGCUGCGGGCCUCACUGUCCCCCCGGGCGGCAACGCGGGAGCGCAGCCGAGUCCCUACCUUUCGGGCGGGGCGGACUCCACCGCGCGCCCUCCCCGGGCGCCGGGGCCGGAAAAUCACCGCGGAGGGAGGGACGGGGAAAGGCGGCGGGUGGCUUCAGGACAAGGUAGGAGGAUCGAUUUCCACCGCCAAGAAGACACUCCCAUCCCGCCCUGGAGUGUUUGCAAAGCUGCAGGAGCUGGAGUGAGGGGUGGCCGGGCACUCCCCUUCCCCGCCGGGUUGGCGGGCGCAGAGGCAAACCCGGAUGCUCGCCGCGCCGCGGACUGUGACACAAAGCCCAGCCGAAGGGGAGGAGUGUGCAGAGAGCGCCUGAAUUCCGGGGCUCUGCCCUCCAAGGGCAAAUGUAAUUCAAAGAGCUCAUCUACCCUCCAACUUGCAGGGAAUUCUCUCAUCAUCAUAAGGAUACAUAAGUGGCUCAUCAAGCUGGGAGACACUAAUAGGAUGCAAACUUUGUGCUGGGGAAUACACAAGGAAUUGCCACCCAUGCACACUGGGGGCCCUCUCUCAGCUUUCAGUCAUUACACUGGGGGUAAACAGAGUGGCAUCAAGAGAACAGGAAAAAAUUCCAGAUGAGGAAUUGAAGAAUCAGAGAAGUUUCAUAAUUUGUUCAAGGAUCCAGAGCUAGUAUGUGUCCAAACUGAGACAUAGUGCCUUUCUGUUCAAGAAACGAAUGAUAUGAGAAAAAUUAAUACCUACUAUUCUUCAAUGUGACAUUCCAGGAAAACAUUUAUAACCAUAAUAAAUGUAAUGUGAAGCCUUUUGUGAAUGGGUUUCAAGCUGUCGACUGAAAUGGAACUGUGGCCAUUUCCAGGUUCCAUUGUUUCAGUCCUGGUUCUCCACAACCACAGUGUUUUCUUCAGAGCUAUGUAGAGUGCAGAUUACGGAAAACAUUCUUCAGGACCACACGCAGCAUUCCUCCUAGCCCAGUCAAUGCUCUCUUUCACUUACUCUCAGGGAUGGAUCCAAUUUUUGAGCUAACUAUAGUGGCAGAAGCAGUAACUAAUGGCAUCAGGCUCAUCAUAGGGAAAAUAUGGUUAGCAGCUCUCUAGGAGCAAGCAAAUCCGGUACUUCAGUUCUUCAUUUUGCUCCUUAUGGGGAACUGUUUAUCACACUACAGAACAUUAUUAAUACAAAAGAACCAGCAUUCAUAAUUAAAGAGCCAUGUAGCCUGGGCACGGUGGCUCACACCUGUAAUCACAGCACUUUGGGAGGCCAAGGUGGGCUGAUCACCUGAGUGAGG